GGGGCAAGUCUUUCUACGACAGCACCGCGGCUUGGGAACAAACCAACUGUGUCGGGUCGGCUGGCAUGGAGCUGAGCGUUUCCAUUCUGAGUCGUUUCGAGCCGUCCGCCUAGAGCCGGGGCAUUUCGCGCAAGGCCGGGGGCAGUUUUGCUGUUGGUCCCGGGGGUUUGUGGAGCCCGAGUGAAUCUGUUGCUAGCAGCGCUCGAAUGCUAGUUAGCCCCGCUGCUAAGCAGCUAGCCAACACUGCGAGUCAAUUGUGUCGGAGAUCUCGGAAAUACGUUUAAAAGCGGUCACGUUCACCCGCCGCUCUCGCGAUUCGUUUUGCUCGUUGAGUUUCGUCUUUUUCCCCAGCGGGAGGACGCUAAUAAGCGGUCGCGCGAGUUUCUAUUUCGAUUUAUUUCCAGCUAAGACUUUUUUUCUUCUCUCUAUUAGCUUGUUAGCCGCUCUGGUUGGUUUAGUCCAGCUUGUUAGUAGUGUCUGAGAUUUCUACUGUAAUAGCUGUCAGCGACAACAGCCCCUUGACGAAAAGCCAGUUUAUGUGGACAUGAAUGAUCGUGUUUGGUUGUUUCGAGUGGCGAUAGUUUGAGAUGCCGCGCAUGGGAUACUUCAUGUUUCCAGGGACGCUCUUAUUUUCUUGUUAGUCUGCUUUAUGGGAGUGCUAGUGUGCAGCCUUUUGCUGUAGACAACACUGGUUUUUAGCAGGAACCGCACGCGGUGUUUCACCAUCGGUCGCGCGUCGUUUGGAUGUGGUUCAGCCUCACAUUUCAGUCGCACUCUCGUUGUUUGUUUUCUUUUUUUAUCUAGUGGCUCGUUCAGCUCCGCGUUUGUAUCCGCGCUGUCGGUGGUACAUGCUCACUGAGACAGCCCGCUGAAACACGCUUUCAUUGGUUUGCGGCGGGGAAACGGAGAGAUUCGGCUCAAAAGUAUUAUGGAUGAUCAGACCCGAAUGCUGGCUAGCAUGGGCGGACUCGGCGGACUCUCGCAAGCCGACGUGGGUGACCCCGAUUCGGUUCGGAAGCAGCAGUCGCUCGGUCAACCGCAGCAAGACAUAGGAGAUAUCCUCCAGCAGAUCAUGGCCAUCACCGACGAGAGCCUCGACGAAGCCCAGGCGAGAAAACACGCACUGAACUGCCACAGGUUGAAGCCAGCUCUCUUCAGUGUUUUAUGCGAGAUCAAAGAAAAAACUGUGCUGAGCAUCAGAGGCGUGCAGGAGGAGGAUCCUCCAGAUCCACAGAUCAUGCGUUUGGAUAACAUGCUGCUGGCUGAGGGCGUCUCUGGGCCAGAGAAGGGUGGAGGAUCUGCGGCGGCAGCAGCAGCUGCAGCGGCAGCUGGAGGAUCACCUAAUGAUGGCAGCAUCGAACACUCCGACUACAGAGCCAAACUCGCACAGAUCCGCCAGAUCUACCACUCCGAGCUGGAGAAAUACGAACAGGCCUGCAGUGAGUUCACCAAUCACGUGAUGAACCUGCUGAGGGAACAGUCCCGCACACGGCCCAUCUCACCCAAAGAGAUCGAGCGCAUGGUGGCCAUCAUCCACCGCAAGUUCAGCUCCAUCCAGAUGCAGCUCAAGCAGAGCACCUGCGAGGCCGUCAUGAUCCUGCGCUCCCGUUUCCUCGACGCCAGACGUAAGAGACGCAACUUCAAUAAGCAGGCCACAGAGGUGCUGAACGAGUACUUCUACUCUCACCUCUCCAACCCGUACCCCAGUGAGGAAGCCAAGGAAGAGCUGGCCAAGAAGUGUGGGAUCACUGUCUCUCAGGUCUCGAAUUGGUUUGGCAACAAGAGAAUUCGGUACAAGAAGAACAUUGGUAAGUUCCAGGAGGAAGCAAACCUGUACGCCGUUAAAACAGCCGUGGACGCCGCCAAUGUGUCGGCACAGGCCAGCCAGGCAAACUCUCCAGCAACACCCAACUCAGGUGGAUAUCCUGCACCGUGCUACACACCUGACGGCAGGCUAUGAAGAUCUGUCAGCAAGUCCUCUUUACACCCCACACCGUCUAGACGCUAAUAACAGCUGGCAAGACAACACCAACCCUUCCUCCAUCACCUCUCCACCAGGAGCACCCGGCAGCAUCCACUCCGACACCUCCAGCUAAUCUCACACACACACAAUGGUCUUCCUCCGUCCUUGUCCACCUCUACACACACACACACACACACACACUCGUCUCGUUCUUUGAGGACGAGUCUGAAAACAUGACUCGUCUCCUGGAUCAAACCCCUCUACGAUGGCGAUUACGCAACUACUCCCUCCUCGCUUGUACCAAAGUGCUGUCAACGGUUGUUUCACUUUUCCGCACGUCGAAGAGCAACCUCAGACAACUGACCGCCCAUCCAGUCUGCUUUUCACUAUGAUUUCCGCUACGUUGCGUUAAGCACAAAUCCUGUCACUAAACACUGAGCUGGUGUUCGGGUGGAGAGGAGUUAAAGGUACGCUGGACCUAUGAACACUUUGAUUUCCAGUUCAGCUGAACGCAAUGAGCGACCGCUCUCCGUUUUUAGUUUUCGCCACAGUAUUCGUUUCCCUCGCCCGCAGCACGAAGAUGCACCAGCCACCAAAUAAAAAGACUUGAUAAGAACUAGACCUCGCGUUGGUAAAACGGGGUCUGUCAGAUGGACGGAUAAGCUGGAGUAUUGGUUUGGAUCGGGGAUCAGGGGGUGGGUGUUUAGAAAUAUUUUUAAAGGGAAAGAUGAUUAAAAAAAAAGCGAUAUUCCACUGUCUUCCAUGCAUGUAGGGUGUGUUGAGAUGUUUUAGUGAUUCCAUUUAGCCUAACGUUACGUUUUUCUUUUAGUUUUUUCCUUUCGUUUUUUUAAUAAACAAAAAAAAAAAAA